GUUCCUGUCCACCGGAAGUGGACUUUCCCCGCUCCCCUCUUCUCCUCCUCUUCUUCUUCUCUUCCACUCGAGUCCCACACGCUUUCCAUCCCCCGCGCUUGCCGCCGCAGAUCCUCCUACCACGCCAAGAACGCCUCUAUGGAGGUGUCGGACCAGGCCUCCUCCUGGCCGGACGACUUCAGGUGCCCCAUCUCGCUGGAGGUCAUGACCGACCCCGUCAUCCUCCCCUCCGGCCACACCUUCGAGCGCCGCAGCAUCCAGCGCUGGCUCGAUGGGGGCCAUCUCACGUGCCCCGUCACCAACCUGCCGCUGCCCCCGUCGCCGCCGCUGAUACCGAACCACGCGCUCCGGCGCUUGAUUGCGGCUGUCGCGCCUGUGGCCGCUGCGGCGGCGGCGACGGCCGGUGGGGAGAGCGGUGGGGAGAGGCGAGAGGCGGCGUCCGCGUCGGCGGUGUAUGGGCUGCUCAGGUUGGCGAAGUCCGGGCCGGAGGGGAGGAGGGAGGUGCUGGAGUCGGGAGACGUCGCGGUGCUGCUGCGCCACGCGGCUGGCGGGGACGAGGUGGCCGCCAGGGCGGUGUUGCACCUCAGCCUCGACGGGGAUGACGCGCGCGUCGGCCUAGUGGCGGACGGCGCCGUCGACGCGCUCUCCGCCGCGGUGUCGUCCGGCGGCGCGGCCGCGGCGGUGGCCGCCACGGCGCUCACCAGCCUCGCCACGGUGGACGUCAACAAGUGCACCAUCGGGGCGCACCCGUCGGCCAUCCCGGCGCUGGUCGGCCUCCUCCGCCGCGGCGGGGCGCGGGACCGCCGCGAGGCGGCCACGGCGCUGUACGAGCUCUGCAAGCUGCCGGAGAACCGGCGCCGCGCCGUGCGCGCCGGGGCGGCGCCCGCGCUCGCCGACCUUGCCGCCGCCGGCUCCGCCCGCGCCGCCGAGGUGCUCAGCCUCUUCGCCAAGUCCCGCGAGGGCCGCCACGAGCUGUCCAGGAUCCCCGGCAUCGUGGCCGUGCUCACCGGCGUCGCCAGCAGCGGCAACGCCCGCGCAAUCGAGCAAGCGCUCGUCGUCUUGAAUUGGAUUUGCUCCGAGAGCAACGAACUGGCCAGAGAAGCGGUAAAGCUCGGAGCUUUUCAUCUCUGCGAGGCUCUGGUGAACGACGACAACUGCAAGAUUGCCAAGAACGCGAUUGAAUUAGCUCGGACGCUCGAGAAACUGUGAUGAUUUCCAUCUCCAAAUAUGAAAUUUGUCAGAAUUUUGAUUCGGCGCCUCUUCGAAUCGGUGUUGGCUUCUGUGUACAAAGGUAGAAACAGCAAAGGUGAACCUUUUUUUCGUCUUCUCUCCUCUUCCUUUCCCUUCUCUUUUCAUGUGGUAGCAGCGCCGAAAGGAAGAAGAAGAAGAAGAAGAAGAAGAAAAUAAGUAGAAUUUAGUUCUUUUUGUUCAUAUGCUUAGAAAAUAUGGCCCUCUCAUCAUUUCACCCAGAACUUCUGUGGUGUUCUGGAUUGAAUUCUGAAUCCCAAAUCAUCCAAUCUGAAAUGUCGCAUGAUAUGAUACAUCUGAUCAAGUGAUCUUUUUUGCUCUCAAGUGUCACCUGUGCAAUUCGUAUCUUUUUCACUACUAUCUUGUGUCGUUGAUAUGCGGAGGAUUGGAUUGUGUGCAUGUGCUUAUCAUCCUCCCGUGAGUUGUGCCGUACUGCUAUGUGAUAAGAAAUGGAAUUUAUUAGAGAA